AAGUCAAACACAACAGUUUUCAACUCAGUUGAACACCUUUAAACAUACUCGAAUCUUUCGUUGCUGGUUGUCACGAUGGAAGAAAACGGCUUAGAGAUCUCAACUAUCGAGAUGCACACUGGAGGGGAACCACUGAGAAUAAUCGCUUCUGGUUUCCCUGAGAUUAAAGGAGACACCAUUCUAGACAAAAGACGGUACGUUCGAGAAAACCUUGAUCAUCUUCGCAAGCUCUUGAUGUUUGAACCUCGCGGACAUUAUGACAUGUAUGGCGCUGUGAUCGUCCAACCACACAGCGAAAUGGCCGAUUUGGGGGUGAUUUUCAUGCAUAACGAAGGAUACAGCACCAUGUGUGGCCACGCUGUCAUAGCACUCGGUCGCUACGCUGUCGACUCGGGCCUCCUCAGUACGGACGUAUCGCGCUCGAGUGUGGGUGAAGUACCUGUCUUCAUCGAGUGUCCUUGCGGCGUGGUAAAAGCCCUGGUCGAUAUAGAAGAAGGCAAAUCGGGCCGUGUUCGUUUUGUUUCUGUUCCAGCUUUUGCUUUUGGACUUGAUGUGGAGAUAAACACGGAGAAGUUUGGCCAAGUAAAAGUUGACAUUGGAUUUGGGGGAGCGUUCUACGCCAUAGUCCCCGCGCAUCGUUUGGGUGUUGAUGUGCGUUCGUCGCGACUCGCUGAUAUCGUGGAAGCUGCUAAUGCGAUUACCAACGCGGGGAAAAGUCAAAUAAAGCUGCACCACCCAGACAGUGAGGAACUAGCUUUUCUUUAUGGUACUAUCAUUACCGAUGGCAAAGAUAUGUUUAAUAGCGACUCAAAAGAGGCAACAGCGAAUGUAUGUGUCUUUGCGGACAGUGAGGUUGACAGGAGUCCAACAGGAUCAGGAGUGACAGCACGUAUUGCAGUGCAGUAUGCACGUCAACAAAUUGGCUUGCAUCAGAUGCGUGUGUUUGAGCAAGGUCUGGUUGGUUCACAGUUCACUGGUCAGGCUGUGAAGGAAACUAAGGUUGGGGACUUUGAUGCUGUUCAUGUAGAAGUUGCAGGCAAUGCAUAUUACACUGGGAAAUGCACAUUCACUGUAGAAAAGGAUGAUCCUUUUAGAGAUGGAUUUCUUCUUAAAUAGUAAGAAAAUAUUAGUAAAGGAAAGGAAAAUAUGAUAUUUCUUUGGAAAUCAAUUACUUCAAAUGCAUUGUUAUAUUGAAGCCACUUUAUUGAAAUGUUUACUUAAAUUGACACAUGAAAUUGUGCAGUAGAAGGGACCCUAAGUUAUUCAUUUAACUUAAAGAAGCUACUUAUCAUUUACCCAUAAGAGUUAAGCAUUAAAUAUCUUGAGACACAGGAGUUAGAUUUUUCCAAGUAAUCCUGUAUUAAUAACUAAAAAAUAUACAAUAUCUGUUUUU